AUGCCGGAGAUCACGGAAGGCAGCAGCCAGCUGAUCGCUCUGCAUGGCUUCUGGGAAGGCGCCGCCAAGAAGGAGAAUGUCCUGGCGCUGCACUGCGACUCAGAUCCCGAGCUGCCAGCACGGAUCCGCGCGGCUGUGUCCCUGGCCCCACAUCCUGGCGCUGCCAUCCGCGCAGCGGCGAAGGUUUUGCAGGCUCAGCAGCGAUUCCGCGCCAUGCGCCAGGACCUGAAGCAACGACGCGCGCGCCUGGGCCGCGGCGGCAUGCGGAGCAUCGCUGGCCUUCAGGUGCGGAACGCGGCCCUGUCGCUGCUGAACGCCGCUGCGGCCUGGCCUCCGGGCUCCAAGGUCCUGGAGUUGGAGAUCUUGGUGAGGCACAGCCGGCAGGAGGAGGAGGAAGAGACCCACCUGGCUGACAUCCCGGCGAAAUUUAAACCGGAGAAGGCCGCGGUCAUCGCUGAAAAGAUCGCGGUUCAGGUUUCUGACGACGACCUCCAUGUCUUAGACAAGGAGCUCUUACAGCAAGAAAUCAAAGAAGUUCUCAGGCUUUUCCGGUACUUUUCAGCGCUGCCGGUCAAGGGCGAUCGCGCCAAGCUCUUCUUGACGGACGCUCCGCUCAGCAAGAGCAUGCUCGAGGGCGAAGACCGGGCACUCCCCGCCCUGCGGCAAGCUCUGAAGGAGGCGUCCGCAGACUGGCGCGCCGUUGCCAGCAGCCUCGACCACAGGCUCGACCUGGAGAUGUUGUACCACGGCCUGAAGGACCGAGCCGGCCGGCUGGUGGUGAGGGGUCGGCGAGACCCCCUGCUGCCUCUUGUUCCGCGGCCCGCUGCAUUCUUCGGCCCACGCGCCGGGGGCAACCCGCGCGUCCGGGCCUUCACUGGUGACUUACCAGUGCUGGCUGAUGAGGCCGAUGCGGGUGCAGCGCUUGAAGGCAGGUGGUUCUACGCACCCGAUGGCUGUUUUCAGAUUACCUCUGAGAACGGGAGCCUCGUUUUCGACGAGCUCGUCGAGCCCGGCGAGCGGUAUCGCGGCGAGUUGCAGGAAGACGGCGACUGGUUCACGGCGGAGCUUACUUGCGACGGUGUUGCCCAAGGUGAGAUGCGCCUCUGCUGGUUCGGCGAGCAGCUGAAAGCGAGCUUCAGGGAGUCGCCGCAAGAAGCCUGGAACCAGGUGCUGGUGGCCGGCCGCCAGGCUCCAGGGCCAACGGCUGGAGGCUCCUCCCGGCGUGAAAGCACCGGGGGAACCUCUGGCCGCGGGCCAUUGGGAAUGGACCUGAGCCAGACCCGAACCCGAUCCGAGCGCGGCCCAGAGGCAGCAAAGACCGGUGCCGCUGAACGCAGUGGAGGCCCCGAUGCCGAGGCCGAGCUCCUUCGCGCCUUCGCGCGCUUCGAUCAGGAUGGCAGUGGGCAGAUCGAUCUGGCCGAGCUCCGCAGCCUCUGCGCCGAGCUGGGGCGGCACCUGAGCGACGCAGAGGCGAAGGAGGCUCUGGCAGUGCUGGACGCGAACGCGUCCGGGACUGUCAGCCUUGACGAGUUUCGCACUUGGUGGCUGGCGAAGCCCGGGGACUCUGCGUCGGCGUUCGCGCUGCCAGCCUUGGACUUCCUGAAGUUUAGCAAUCACGGCCUCUCAGCGCUGGGACUUUCGUUGCCUGCCUGGCCACAGGAAGCCGAUGAGGCUCAGCUGAAGGAGGUCUUCAACAAGUUCGACAGAGACGGUAGUGGCGACAUCGAUCUCAACGAACUGCGGACGGUAGCCGAGGAGUUGGGUGUCUCGAUGACUCCUGCUGAAGUGGAGGCCGCGAUGAUGGAGCUCUCCCAGAACAAAGGCAGUCGCUGCGACUUCCCGAGGUUUAGUGCAUGGUGGCUCCAGAACCAUGGCUCCAGUUCCUUCGGAGCUCUGGGGCGGAGCCUGAUGAAGGCCGGCAUGAGCUUGGGCGUGCCCUGGGAGCGAGCCUGA